CAUUAAUUUUAUUUGAUUUUUUUCUAUUUGUGGACCAAUUCCAUUGUACACAUUAAUUUUAUUUGAUUUUUUUAUAUUUGACUUUUUUUUUUCUCUCCUUUUUCUUUUUUUGCUUCUCCAAGAUUUCAAUUUAUUUUUCAUAUUUAUUAUGUAACGUUACACAAAUAUUUCCUAUUAUUCUUCUCUAAAAAACAAUUAACCAUUAAUGUCUUAUUAUGCUAAAUUUUGAAACAUAUGUUCUAAUUAGUUCUAACCGUCCUUGUAUACAAUGUGUAACCCACAAAUAAUAAAAAAGAAAUUUAAUUAGUUACCAUAUAUGAUUGUUAACAUUUAUUUCCUCAUUGAAGCCCUAAUACCACCUUCUCUAUGUAAUUUGUGAAUAAAUAGUUCCACAAGUGAACUAAGGAAGAGCACAAAGUAUUAUUUGGAUAUGUUGUCUCCCAUUUCGGUACACUAGCUAGUUUUUUUCUUUAGCUCUUGUUUGUUUUCUUUCUUCGACUCAACAAGUCAAAACCAUGACCAGAAAAAAGGUGAAGUUGGCUUACAUCAACAACGACGCCUCUCGAAAAGCCACUUACAAGAAAAGAAAGAAAGGUCUGAUAAAAAAGGUGAGCGAACUGAGUACAUUGUGUGGUGUAGAUGUGUGUGCAAUCAUCUAUAGCCCAUAUAACACUCAGCCUGAGGUGUACCCUUCUCCAAGAGGAGUACACCGUAUAGUGAAAAACUUCAAGACAAUGCCCGAGAUCGAGCAAAGCAAGAAGAUGAUGAACCAAGAAGUUUUCCUGAAGCAAAAAAUUGGAAAGGUGAGCGAGCAAAUGAAGAGGCUGAAGAAAGAGAAUCGCGACAAAGAGCUGAAUCGACUCUUGUAUGGCAAUCUCUCUGGUAAGAUGAACCUUCAAGGUUUGACUGUUACAGAUUUGAAUGAUCUUACCUCGCUUAUUGACCUAAAUUUGAAAGAUAUUAAUAAAAGAAUGGAAGAAAUAGCCAAGGAAACUAAGAAUGCUCGAACAGCGGCAUCUGCUGCAGCAAAAGUGCCUCCACUCAUGAAUAGGGAAGUGAUUGCUGCUUUUGCUACUACUUCUACAGUGUAUAAGAAUGAUCGUGCCAGAGGCAUGAGUGGACACUUAAACACUAAAAAUCAAACAAAAGAAAGAAUUCGAUGAAGUUUGGGGGAAGAGACGUGAUUUUUCCAAUGGAGAACAACAACAAUAUAAACUUUAACUAAAUAUUAUUUAGUCAUGGCGAAUAUUUGUGCUAGUUUGGUAUUUUAUUAUAUUCUCUUGUUGUUGUAGUCGGUCAAAAUCAUUGUUAAUUUAUUUUAUGUAGUUUUAAUUAAGUAAUAUGAGUGUUAUUGAUGUCAUUAUUAUGUAGUUUUCAUUUCAAUGAAGUUUUUAUUUUAGUUAUUUAUUGUCUUAUGUUGUUGCUUAGGAAUAAUAAUAAAGGAAAUU